CCCCGCUGACGCAGACAAGAUGGCGGCCUCGUUGGAAGAUGAAUUUGAAGACGCUCCUGAUGUGGAGCCUUUAGAACCCACUCUGACCAACAUCAUCGAGCAGAAAUCUCUCAAAUGGAUCUUUGUCGGGGGGAAAGGCGGCGUCGGUAAAACUACGUGCAGCUGUAGUUUGGCGGUGCAGCUGGCUGCCGUCAGGGAGAGCGUCCUCAUCAUCUCCACAGAUCCUGCUCACAACAUCUCCGAUGCUUUUGACCAGAAGUUCUCCAAGGUGCCCACUAAGGUCAAGGGCUAUGACAACCUCUUUGCAAUGGAGAUCGAUCCGAGUCUGGGCGUGGCAGAGCUGCCGGACGAGUUCUUCGAGGAGGACAACAUGCUCAGCAUGGGCAAAAAGAUGAUGCAGGAGGCCAUGAGUGCUUUCCCUGGCAUUGACGAGGCCAUGAGCUACGCAGAAGUCAUGAGGUUAGUGAAAGGGAUGAAUUUCUCCGUGGUGGUGUUUGACACGGCCCCCACCGGCCACACGCUGCGUCUGCUCAACUUCCCCACCAUCGUUGAGAGAGGGCUGGGCCGCCUCAUGCAGAUCAAGAACCAGAUCAGUCCCUUCAUCUCUCAGAUGUGUAACAUGCUGGGUCUGGGGGACAUGAACGCAGACCAGCUGGCCUCCAAGCUGGAGGAAACCCUGCCCGUCAUCCGCUCCGUCAGCGAGCAGUUCAAAGAUCCUGAACAGACCACCUUCAUCUGCGUGUGCAUCGCCGAGUUCCUGUCGCUCUACGAGACUGAGCGGCUGAUCCAGGAACUGGCCAAGUGCCGCAUCGACACGCACAACAUCAUCGUGAACCAGCUCGUCUUCCCUGACGCAGACAGGCCGUGCAAAAUGUGUGAAGCCCGGCACAAAAUUCAGUCCAAAUAUUUAGAUCAGAUGGAGGACCUUUAUGAAGAUUUUCACAUAGUCAAGUUACCACUAUUGCCCCAUGAAGUUCGAGGUGCCGACAAGGUCAACACGUUCUCUAAGCAGCUUCUGGAACCCUACAAACCCCCCAAUAAGUGAUGAGUCCCCGGAGUCUCCCGGAGCUUCAGCUGCCCCCCCGACCCCACGAUGACCACAGUCCCCCCCAACCCCCCCAUCUCCCCACCAGCCUCAUGAUGACCACAAGGAGAAGGAAGGAGAACACAGCACCCAGCGGACCGGCAGAGGAGACACCGUCUCCCUCUCACAACACCCUUUCUUGUUGCAUAUACUUUGUGGCUGUUGUUCAUGUCUUAUUGCAUUUAACCUCUUAAAACCAGUGUCCAGCCUCAGUUGUGGACGUGUUUCCACGGGUGAUUCUUUACAUUUACAUGAUCCACCCCCUGCCAGACGCCUCGUUUCUGAUUAGGCAGUUCUCUCUGUAAUUUUAGUCAAAAAGGUCAUAACUGGAGAACAGACGCAUCUCGUCCCUCACACACCUGGAAGUCGCUCCAUAUCUCCAUACAUUUAUGGUUUGACUGCAGGGCAAAGAACGACAAAAAAAAAAUGUUUCAGGUGACUUUCAGCGGUUUCUGUUCUUUAUCAAGACCAUUUUCUUUUUAAUAAGAAAAGAAAGCUGAAGCAGUUGGAAGACUUUCCUCUGUUAACCCUCGUCUGAUGACCCCGGUUAACUAUAGCCGUUAACUACACAGCAUCCACUCUGAAUCAACUUUAAUUUGGAGAUUUAUAUCCAUAUGUGGUGAAGUUAUUUGAACUGAAUCUAUUAAAUAUACAAGGCUACUUUGGUUGGUCGUGUACCGUAAUUCUAAUUGACAUUGAUUGUUGCUGAUCAGUUCUUGAGCAGAUGAAUGAUGGGAAUGCCUACGUUGGUGAUUGAAUAAAGUACUCAGAUUGGUUUGACCCAGCAGAAAUACGCAGGUUAAUAGAUCCUCAUAUAAAGCAGAAUCUCCCUUCUCUGUAAAACACACCUGAGUUAAGAAUCAGUUUUUCUAUAGAUUUUCUUUAAAGUAUAUUGGAAGUGAAAAUUAAAGUUGCUUCAGCUAACAGCA